AUGGACGAGAAUGGAUCUCUCUAUGUCACUGACUGGGUAAAAGAUGAAGUGAGACGAUAUCGAAGAGGAGAAUGUCAAGGAACAGUGGUUGCAGGUGGCAAUGGGCGUGGAAAUGGUCUCGAUCAACUCUUUUACCCACACUACGUAUUCGUCGAUCGAGAUCAUUCAGUGUACGUGUCUGAUUGGGGAAAUGAUCGUGUGAUGAAAUGGGUGAAAGGUGCAUUUCAAGGCAUUGUCGUGGCUGGUGGUCAAGGAGGAGGAAAUGGUCUUACACAAUUGUCAUAUCCUAAAGGAGUCGUUGUCGAUCAAUUGGGCACUGUCUAUGUGGCUGAUUGGGGAAAUGCUCGAAUCAUGCGUUGGCCCAAAGGAACCACACAGGGAAGUGUCAUUGUUGGUGGAAACGCUGGAAUGGGCAAUCAAGUCGACGUACUGUACGAUUGUUCUGCGGGUCCCACUGUUACACAUCAAGCGAAUGGAAUUGGUUGGUAUUUUGCAAGGAAUACUACUAGCUGGAAUUCAUGGGGUUUUGUCUUGGGAUCUAAUAGCGUAGUGCGUGGUAAUUGUGAUGGUGAUAUGAGUAAUAAUCCUGCAUAUCGUCUUUGUUGGCAUACAGGUGGUACAGCAGGUCGAUAUCGAUGUGGAAGUACGGGCAAUCUUGAUAAUUCAAAUAGUUGGGAAAAAUUAAUUUAUCAUGCAAUGUAA